CAUACCAGCUCAGCAGUCAGUCUAAAGUUCGAAAUGGCCAACGGAAGCGCUGCCCCCACCGUCCACGCUGCUCUGGCCCCUGGUCACUUCUUGUUCACCUCUGAAUCGGUCGGCGAAGGCCACCCCGAUAAAAUCUGUGACCAGGUCUCCGACGCCAUUCUCGAUGCCUGCCUUGCUGAGGAUCCUUGGUCCAAGGUCGCCUGCGAGACCGCCUCCAAGACUGGUAUGAUCAUGGUCUUCGGUGAAAUCACCACCAAGGCCAAGCUCGAUUACCAAAAGGUCAUCCGUGAGACCAUCAAGAAGAUUGGUUAUGAUGACUCCUCCAAGGGUUUUGACUACAAGACCUGCAACAUCCUCGUCGCCAUCGAGCAACAGUCCCCCGACAUUGCCCAGGGCUUGGACCAUGGGUCUCUCGAGAACCAUGGUGCUGGUGACCAGGGUAUCAUGUUCGGUUAUGCCACUGAUGAAACUGAGGAAUACAUGCCACUGACCAUCGUCCUGGCCCACAAGCUUAACAAGGCCAUGGCUGAUGCUCGCCGCAGCGGAGAGCUCGGCUGGCUCCGACCUGACUCCAAGACCCAGGUCACCAUCGAGUACAAGAAGGAGGGUGGUGCUACCAUCCCUCUUCGCGUCGACACCGUCGUCAUCUCCACCCAACACGCUGAGGAGAUCACCACCGAGGAGCUCCGCAAGGAAAUCCACGAGAAGAUCAUCAAGCGCGUUAUCCCUGCCAACCUCUUGGAUGACCGAACCAUCUACCACAUCCAGCCCUCUGGCCGCUUCGUCAUCGGUGGUCCUCAAGGUGAUGCUGGUUUGACUGGCCGAAAGAUCAUCGUCGACACCUACGGCGGUUGGGGUGCCCACGGUGGAGGUGCUUUCUCCGGAAAGGACUUCUCCAAGGUCGAUCGCUCCGCUGCCUACACUGCUCGAUGGAUCGCCAAGUCCCUCGUCGCUGCUGGCCUUGCUCGCCGCAUUCUUGUUCAACUCUCCUAUGCUAUCGGUGUUGCUGAGCCCCUCUCCGUCUACGUCGACACCUACGGUACCGGCAAAAAGACUGACGCCGAGCUCGUCGAAAUUAUCAACAAGAACUGGGAUCUCCGACCUGGUGUCAUUGUCAAGGAGCUCAGCUUGCAGAAGCCCCAGUACCUCCAGACCGCCUCUUACGGCCACUUUGGCAACCCCGACUACUCUUGGGAGAAGCCUAAGCAGCUCAAGCUCUGAGCAACCACAUCAACUGUUACGCGGACCAAUAAUUGGUGCUUGGCGUUGUAUCUCAUUGUUUUGUAGCAUAGGAAGUUCAUCCUUCCUCCCUUGAUCUCAUUGCAUUUUUUUAUUAAUUUUCAGAUACCACCACCUUCAUUCGUCGCCGUCUGUGCAUCUUUAUCCGGGCUCACGUUAUCCAUACCGUAUGGAUUGUAGAAUAUCAUCCUCACCCUAUCGCUGUCAUCUAGAAGUAGUAAUGUGUAUGUAGAAACAGAAUGGAAACAGGCGUUCAACC